AUGGAUAUGGACGACGAGCAGCCCCUCAUGGCACCGACGGAGCAGCAGCCGCUCGUCGGGAAGCAAACUACAUGGUCCCGCCGGACGCUUGCCCUGGGCGCCCUCUUCGGCGCGUCCCUGCUCCUGGGCGCCGCGGUCUCGGCGCGGACGGCGCCGGCCGCGGCCGCGCCGGCCGGCAAGCGCGCGGCGUUCAACACGAGGACGGGCGAGCUGGUCCCCAAGGACUACGAGACUGCCGCUCCGAUCGAGAACAAUUACCUGCGCCAGCGCACCAGGCUCGAGGCCGCCAUCCGCGUGGCGUUCGAGAAGGUGCACGGCCGCGCGCCCACGGCCGGCGAGCUCCGGGCCCUGGUGGAGGACCCGGGCGGCGGCGUGCGCGUGAGCCACCCCGAGCUCGUGGCGGCCAACCCGGACCUUGUGAGCCCGGACAUCAGCUCCGGGUGCCUCACGCUGCGCGGCGACUUCGUCUGCACGCAGGAGCUCCUAGCAAACCCCGAGCUGUAUUUGUGGUUCGGCCUCGACUUCGACCACGACGCAGGCUUCUGCUAUGGGCCCGAUGGCGUGAACCUAGACUUUAGUUUUGAUAUCACGGCGGGGGUCUGCCUGUCGGGCGCCCCAGGGGACCCAGUAGAAUUUGCCAAAGAAAGCGUUGUAUACGCAGAACCCGUAUUCGGCACAUAUGCAUUAUUGGAGGUCGGCGUCGGCGCACAGAUCAUCAAUUUUGAUCUCGAGGAGUCGCUCCGCCAGAAGGCGGUGCGGGACCGGGCGGCGCUCGACGCCGCCAUGGCGAGACUCACGGCGGACGGCCACGACGCCGCCAAAUUCGGACAACUCGCCGACGCGUUCUUUCAGCGAGAGAAGGGCCGGGCCCUCACGGAGGCGGAGCGGCCCGGGGCCUACAAGGAGUUCGCCGCGAAGCUCGGCGCCGCGCGGGCGAAGAAGGCGGCGGCCGGCGCUACGAAGGCGGACAAGCCCGAGUUCUUCUGGGGCGACGACGUCAUCGGGCUUUGGGACGACGGCGGGUGUUUUGCAGCGUCCUUUGUUCUUUGCUCGUCCUCGCGUCCGCCCGUGGCUUUGCGAGCCGGAGUCGCGUGAUGGCGUAUUUCUACACAGGAGCUGGUUCUGGGACGAUUGGGAGAUCUCCAUCGACGAUUGGUUCGACACCACACUCAAGUGCGAGCAGUACCCGUACUGCGGCGCCCCGCCGGGGCAGGACCCCGAGGACUACUGCCCGAACGGCCUGGCCAAGGUCGAGGUGCGCAUCCCCGUCAUCGCCCAGGUCGGUUCCUCCGGGCCUGGCGAGCUCAGUGCCGGUACGCCCACGCUCGAAACGGGCUUCGGCUCCAUCGACGUCGAGUUCGCGGCCGUGCGAAAGUAAAAAUUUCGGGCGCCCGGUGCCAUCGACGCGACUUUCCCGCCGAGAACCGACUGGUCGAUCUCCACGCAGGUUCUAUGGCAAGGCAGGCGUGACGGCGGGUGCCCUCUUUCUCAUGGCCGCCGGCGUCGAGGGCAAGAUCUCGACGGAGUGCAACCUGAGCGGCUGCGGGUCGCCGGGGCUGGGGAUCUGCGCGUUCGCCGAGCUCGCCUUCCCCGACAUCGACCUGCCGAGCUGGGACCUCUGCGGCAACGAGAUCGGGUUCGACGACCUCGAACUCCCGAGCCUCGGCGCCGAGGUGUGCUACGACGUUAUCUGACCGACUCCCCACCCGGGCGGCCAGGCCACGAAAGAGACAACCGCUACCCCCCCCCCUUCUGGAUGCCACCUCGCUUGUGUACGCAAACAACGUCGCUGGGAGUUUUCUAACCCCAUAUUUUUCCAGGGACCCCUGAAGAGGUGUGGUAGGUAGUGUCAUGCCACCGGGGGUAGUCCCGCCCGGCCGCCUCCUAGGAUCCUGGCUGAGAAGCAGCGAUCUCGGCCGCAGCCCCACGCCGGUUUUUUGCUGCGCGCCGGUUCGAGCGCCGUCUCGGGCACGGCCGAUUGCCAUCCCGUCGCGCUGCUGCUGGCCGGCGCUGCUGCUGCCGACGCUGCUGCCGACGCUGUGAGGUCCCAAGGGUUUGUCCUGCAACCCCAUGGCGGGCUUCUACUUCUUCAUGGCGCCACCACUCCUCGGCGGGACUGCGCUUGCGCCGGUGCUCCAAUUUGGUAUGCGAGCCUUUGGUAUGACCCUCGGCCAGCGGCUCUGCGUCCAGCUCGGCUUGGUCGGCUAUCCCAUCUACUAUAGUUACUAUGGCAGCGAAGAUCUCUUGAAAGGGCAUGCGGGAAAUGGGUUCGAGGGCACGAAGUGGAAUAAAUACUUCGCGCUGGCGACGAUGUUUACCACUGGCGUCUUCGGGCUGGGGUGGGGCGUCCUGAUCAACGGGUUCGCUCUCCUCUCUCGCACGUAA